AUGGAUGACAAUCCACCUAGCGACCGGCAAAACGACGAGGACGCAAGACAUAAUGACCCCAGGCCCAGAUCUCCCCACGACCAAACCCAGAGAGAAGCCAAUGUGGCUGUCCCAGCCCUACUAUCUGUACUUCUCAUGACACUACUCAGCGUCAGACUCAUGUCCCUACCCCUAAAUCGGAUCUUGGAGUUACGCUACUGUCUAUCCUACUACCAAGUCCACGAUCCAGCCAAAAUUCCUGCCCAUGGCGAGAUUCCUGAAAGCGACUGUAAGUUGGAGGAUAUUCAGCGGAAGCUUGGCUGGAUGAUGGGCGCUUUGGAUACGGCGAUGCAGGCUUGUGAUCUCGUGAUCGCCACGCCGAUGGGGUAUCUCGCGGACAAGAUUGGGCGGCGAUUGGUGCUCGCCCUGAACUGCACAAGCACGGCCGUCCUUCUCAUAUGGAUCAUUUUUGUCGGCGGAGUUCAAUCAAUUCCAACAGCGGCAAUCCUCGCAGGGCCUUUCCUGUCCCUGUUCGGCGGAGGCAACAACGUUUUCAAGUCAGUGUCAGUUGCCUUGAUGAGCGACCUGGCUGGGACAGAGACUCAAAGGACGACCUACAUCUCGUAUUUCCUGUCCACGGACUAUAUUGCCUUGUUAGCUGGUCCAAUGCUGGCAGGAGUUCUCAUGCCGCAUGGACUACUGCUGCCGCUCUGGACAGGAGUCGUACUCAUCGGUCUUGGACUGCCGCUUUUGAGCCUGGUGCCGAAACACAACUCCAGACUUAAUAGAUCAUCGCCGCCCUCAACGAGCUUGAAUGACUGUAUUGACGACCGCGAACAGAGGCCGCUAUUGCAUGAAGAUAGAAUCGCCGCCGAAACAGCGACAACGAAACCCCAAUUACAGCAGCCAAACGCCCAUCGUACUAUCAAUUUCUUCGCCGAAUACACCAGCCUCAUCAAAGCCUCCCAAAACUUCCGACUAGUUCUCUUGGCUAAAUUUCUCUCUUCAUUCGCCAGUUCGUCCUCCAACAUUCUUGCUCUAUACAUCACUCUGCGUACCGGAUGGAGCUUUGCUGAGGUCGGGUACAUCUACACCCUCAAAGGAACAAUCAACAUCCUCCUCGCUGCCGUCAUUGUCCCGACCUGCGCACGAUACUUCACUGGCAAAGUGUCCUCGGACCAAGGCUCAAACUUCGUUUUCAACCUCAUCUCCACCAAACUAGCUCUACUAGCCUCCAUCAUCGGCGCCAUUCUAGUCGGACUCGCAGCAACCAAACCAACAAUAAUAACCGCCCUCUGCAUCUACGCCCUCGGCUCCGUCCUCCCCAUCUUCAUGUACGCCAUCGCUCGUUCGCCCGAGCUCGGCGUCCUGGACGAAAGCAACGAAGGGAGUGGUUUUACUGUCCUCGUCGUAGUGCAAGCUAUCGGAGCUUUGCUCGGCGCUCCGACGAUGGCUGCGGUCUGGGUGCGGGCGAUUGAGAUGGGAGGGCGGGGUCUUGGAUUGCCGUACUUUGUUUCUGCGGCUGCUUAUGCGGGGGCGCUGGUGGUGAUGCUUUUUGUUACUGGGGAUGGUAGGCCAGACGCUCGACGGUUGGACUGA